GAGAAACUAAAUAAGAAUAACUAGUAAGUUAAAGGACCACUUACAACUCCCUUUUUCAUUCAGCUAGACUGCAAACAAAACUGUCACCUGAACUGAAAACUCCACCAUCAUCAUUAUUUCCGUCACAGCCAUGUCAUUUGCCGUCAGUCUUUCACCAUCUCCUUCAUCUUCUUCAAGUAACGGAGUUAACUGUUUCAACCCUAACCCUAAAUUAUUAACGAUCCAAUUUUUAUCUCCGAUUAGGCAUAAUUACAAAUCACUACCUCAACUUAAAGCUUCUCGAAGAAGCAUUGCUAAAUCCACCGCUAAUUCUGUAAAUGAUCCGCGUAAUUGGAGCCGUUCGAUCGAGAAUAAUUUAUUAUUCGAUGAUCGGAUUGACAGCGAUGAUGACGACGAUGAGGAUGAGGAAGAAGAUGAUCGGAGUUUGGACCUGUUAGUUCGGUUUAUUGAAAAUGUUUUCAAGAAAGUGUCUAAACGAGCUAGAAAAGCUGUUAGAUCAGUUUUGCCUGUUUCCAUCUCGACUAAAUUGGUUGGGUUUUCUGUUAAUGGAGUGCUUAUUCUUGCAUUUUUGUGGGUUUUGAAGGCAUUUCUUGAGGUGGUCUGCACACUUGGAAGUGUAGUUUUUGUAAGCAUCUUACUAAUACGUGGAAUAUGGUCCGCCAUUACUUAUCUGCAAGAAAUCCGUUAUCUUCAGACAAAUGAACCAGACGGUGACCGCCACGAGUGGACUGGCGCUCAACCUGCAAUGUGAUUUACGAAUAAGAUCCCAGUCAAUAAUAGAACCAUUCUUAGAAGGAAGACAUCAAAAUAAAAGGAUGUCAAGAAGAUGACAUCAAAUAUGAAGAGCAGAUUCAUAACUAUAGAAUUCGAAAUAAAGACACAGGAAAGCUUUUACCGUAUAGAGGCAGGUCAAUGCUAUUCCUUUAUGUAUAUUCGCACAAGAGGUAGGCAUAUGUAUUACUCAAUUAUAAACUUUUGAUUCAGAAAAAUGCUAGUUAUAGA